AUAAAAGCAAAAAAAAAAAUUGUUCGUUUCUUUUGUCAAAAUGGCGGAAACAAAGUAAUUGGUGAGAAAGUGACAUAUAGAAAAAUGCAAUUGGAAGGAAAUAUUGGAAUAUCUUAAAUAAGAAUGAAAUGCAUACAUACAUAUGUAAAUAUAAAAAUUUUCGACCACCCAGUGGGUUUUGGAAAGUGUGGUAUGAUGCUAAGAGAUAUAUUUUUUCAACAAAACAUAACCGAUCGAACCGAAUCUACAUGUUUUAAUUGCACUUCGUGAAACAAAAUUUAAGGCGCGUUUUCCUUUAUUGUGUUAAUAAUAAUCGAAUUUAUUCUAAUGAAAUUUAAGCACGAAUUGGAGCUCGAUUUAACACUAUUGCAACCGUGGAUACCUAUUAGCCCAUUAUAUUUUGUGUAGGUCACGUCAGCGACUAUGAGUUUUUCUUCAAAAGUUCUCUCCAACAUAAAACGAUCAAAUGAUUCAGAAGAGGAUGAAUGCGAUCAGCAUAAGACUUCAUUACUGAAAGUUUUGAAUUCUAUUCCUGCAACAGAAUUUGAUACGCUAGUGGAUGUAGAUAUAAGGAGUGCGGAUUUCAAGGAAGAACCCGAAACUUGUAUUGAUCCGUUAUUUAACAAUGUGGAGAUUACUUCACAAAAUUGCUACACAUACACAUAUCAAGAUGCCGACAUACUAGAAACUGAUGAAAGUGAGGGUGAUGAUAAUGAAAACAAUGCAACAAGUAAACUUAACAAAAGAAAACGACGCCAAGAUGAGUUCAAAGGACGUAAUGGGUUUUUAUGGAACACCGCAAGAACAAAUGGAGCAGACAACAAAAAUUUUCAAUCUGCAAUACAAUUGCUGCAACCUAAAGGUAAAGGACCCGCCCAUACAAUAGGGAGCAUACUGGAAAUGUGGAGUUUACUUCUUGAUGAACAAAUUAUCUCCCAAAUUUUGCACUACACCAACAUAGAGAUAAAGGAAAGAAGAGCGAAAUUGCCACAUCAACGUUUAAUCGAUGCCGUGGAGUUUCGCGCUUGGAUAGGGCUUAAUUAUCUUUGUGGUAUAUUUCGUAAUGCUGCACAUAAUGGCCCACUGGACGAGUUAUGGUCAUUGGAGUUAGGAAAUGCUGUAUUUCGCGCCACAAUGCCCCUGAAAAGAUUCAAAUUUAUAUACGAAUGCUUAAGCUUUGGAGAAAAUGACGUAAAUGGAAAGAAAUAUAAUUCACGGGCAAUAUUGGAUAUAUGGAACAAGUUUUUAGUAAACUGUCGCUCAUAUUAUGCCCCAAGUGGUAAUUGUACCGUUGACGAAGUGCUGAUCAAUUUGACAAAUUCAAGUGAAAAUUCGCAAUUGUUAACGUUAUGCGAUGCAAAGACGCUCUAUAUGUGCAAUGCGAUUCUACACUCCAAAGGGGGUUAUACGGAACGUGAUGUGCUACGACUGGUAUCCGACAUAAAAGGAAGCAAACGAAAUAUAGUACUUCCGUCAAAAUUUAUUAGCAUAGAACUAACAAAUAAACUGAUGGAAAUGGACAUGUCUGUAGUUGGCAUGUUGCCAAAUAAUGCUUUGGAGCUGCCAGCAGACCACGCGUCAAACAAUACUUGGCGAAGAUUAUACUCGGAUCAUUGCACAUUAAUAUCAAGUGAAACUUGUCCGGGAAUAUUUUUGGCCAGCGGCAUUCCGAAAACAGUAAAUGUAGAACGUUUAUACAACUUAAGCUGUAAUGCAUGCAAGACUUACAACAAAGCAUGUUGUACGUACUCAACGCGACAUACAAUACACAAAGGCGUUCUUUUCUCGGCAAAUUUCUUCCAAAACAUGCUUGACUAUGCCGCAUUAAAUUCAUGGAUACUUUUUGUGCUUUCUUCGAAUGGCGAUAAAAGCAUAAAACAAAGAAAUUUUCAACGUCAUCUUGGUCUAUAUCUAACACAGCAACAACUUAAACGACAACUGCAUUCGAAUCGUUUAACGUUGCCACAAAAAGUACAAAUCUCCGAAAUUCUGGGUGAGCCAACCGAGCAACUAUUCGCCAGCGCCACAAACGAGGCACAUGGAGAAACAAACUUUAUCUUUUUACAAACAGAUAAAAUGAAAAUACCUGACGGUAUCAAGUUAUUUCCAAAAAACUUACCGAGCCGUUUAUGUUGCCGAAAGUGUCCCAGUAAAAAUUCGCGAAAAACAAAAACGCGGUGCCAACAGUGCCUACGUCCGCUUUGCCAAAAACAUUUUAUAUUGCGUUGUCGCGAUUGUACGGGUGUCCCGGAAACGAAUACAACCACAGAGGCAGACAAAUCAGGGACGCUUAUAAGUGAAAGCGAUAAUGAGGAAGACCGGAAUGAUAAUGACCCUUAGUAUAAUAAUUGCAGUAUUAUUUCCGACAAAUACGUUUGAACUUCUUGAUGUGGAUAAGUAGAAAUUAAUUCUAUAGAAAUGUAAAAUUAGACGUAAGAAAUGCCAAAAAACAUACGUAUAUUCUUUAAUGACAAUAGGUCAGGCCACUGAUAUUUUUUUAUUGGAACUUCACGUUAUCAUUAAAUUAAAAAUUCGAAUUACUUUCUGGAAGCGGUAACUUUGGGCAGUUUUGCUUAUGAUUUGGAAACGGAAAUAAAAUUAGUAGCAAGUCGAUAACAGCGAUUGGUUUUCGACCCAGAUAUCAGCUGAUUGUUAUCGACAAAUGUACACAUAUGAAAUGUUUUGAAUUUUGAGAAAAAUGUUUAAAAUUUAGUUCCAAGCUUUCCGGAAAGAGAAUGGUCAAAAAUUCUAUACAAUUUGGAUAUACACAUAAAAAAAAUAAAUGUGCCUUUGGCUCUAGUGUUGGUUUUGAGGACUGGAAGGACGUAAGCCGUGUGUCAUUUGUACGAAAUACGUGCUUAGAGGCACUAGGCUACCUUCAUUUGUUAGUACGUUGCAAUGUUUAUAUGAUAAUUAGGGAUCUACCCAAAUCAUAUAAUAUGACCUUAAUUUAAUUCUAUAAUUUCUCGACGUCAAAUGUAAUACUUUUAAGAUAUAUUAAUGCAUUAGUUAUAAAUAAUACUUAUUAAUAUUGAACUGUUUAUUGCUUUAUUUAGAACUUUGAAUAGUGAACAAUUAAUUAUUAGUGCAAGUUUACGAAUUUUUGUCAGGUGUAAAGUGUAACAUUUCGCUAUUUAACAACAAAAAAUAAAUACUAUAUGUUUCGCUUACUUCAAAAACUUUUACAGAUAAUUAAAGAAAAAUAAAGUACCAUCCGAAGUCAUAUUUU